UCAAAGUCCAGAGUCCAUCUACUGUAACUGUGAGUACUUCUCUCUUCAGUCGCAUAUGUGCAAACUUUACUCUGAUUUUUUCUUUGCGAUUAAUAAGUAAAUAUGGAAAAGGUCACCGACUACCUCGUCAGAUAUAAAAACUACAACUUUGCAGUUGGUUACACAACUGCAGAGUACAUUGAUUCCCUCCAGAGCUUUGAAAUACGAGACAGUGACACAUUCCUUGUCACUUAUCCAAAGUCAGGCACUAUAUGGACUCAACAGAUCAUCAUCUCCAUCUGUGAGUUAGACGGGGGUCUGAAUGAAUAUCCCAACAACUUGGAGCAGAUGCCAUGGUUGGAGUACAGGGAGGGUCGUGAGGACUACUCCCUGCGACCAUCACCGCGACUCUUCGCCUCUCACCUCACCCCGGCUCUCCUGCCUCCUGGACUGAAGGAGAAGAAGGCAAAGAUCAUCUAUGUGAUGCGGAACCCAAAGGACAACAUUGUGUCUUAUUACCACUUCAGUCAUGCCAUAGCUGACCUUGAGUCUCCCAAGAGCUUCGAAGUUUUCUUUGAGCAGUAUUUGACGGGAAAUGUUGGAGCAUCGUCCUGGUUUGACCACAUCAGGGAGUGGCACUCUAAGAAAGACCAGUAUGACAUCCUGUUUCUGACCUAUGAGGACAUGGUUUUGGAUCUGAAGACAGCUGUAACAAAGAUUUGCAGUUUCUUGGGGAAAAACCUCAGUGAAGCUUCGAUUCAGCAAGUUGUAGAAAAAGCUACAUUUAAGACCAUGAGGGACAACUCAAAAGCCAACUAUAAGUUCCUGCCACCAGAGAAGCUCAGCGGAGACUUCAUGCGUAAAGGUAAGAUCGGUGACUGGAAGAACACCUUUACAGACGCUCAGAGUCAAAGAGUGGAUCGACUCCUUCAGGAGAGACUCGGUGACUUAUCUCUAAACUUCAUCUGGGAAUGAGGAGAGCAGCUACAGAAACCUUCAAAGAUAAGGCUGGUGAUUGUUUUUAGUUAUUUUCUCAUUGUCAACAAUUGUGCAGAGCCAAACCAACAUGUGUGGACUGUAGACCUUUGUUGUUGUCCAAAAACUGUGAAAAACAUAUCAACCACACCACUGCACUCGGUGACAUGUUCCUUAAUUACAACGAGUUUGGACUCUGGAUGUUAAUUUGUUUAGAAAUGGCUACAAAGACUAAAAACAGCGAUCACAUUUUUAGAGUAGUUCUGUGUAAGACUGUUUUCAAGUCUUGCUUGUUGUGCUACAUUUAACAACCUCUUGAUUUUGUGCUGCUGUACCAGUCCCUGUCCUGGACCUACUAUUUUCAAUGUUGAUUGAUUUUUACUGUGCCUCUCUCCUCUCUCAACCCCCAACUGGUCGAGGCUAGACGCUCACCUAGAGCCAGGUUCUGUCUGAGGUGUCUUUCCGUUAAAGGGUGGUUUUUCCUUGCUGCUGUUGCCUAGUGCUUGCUCAUGUGGGAACGUUGGGUUUCUUUAAAUUAAAUUAAAAAGUACGAUUUAUACCUCCUCUAUGUGAAAAGUGCCUUGAGGACUAUUGGUUUUGAUUUGGUGCUAUAUAAAAAAAGAUUGAUUGUAAUAAAGCUCUUAGAGACUUUUAUCAAAAUCAAGAAGUUGGUGAUAUGUGGCACAAGCAGCUAUUGAUGCUCUGUAAACAGUUACAUCACAUACUCAGCAGUGUCUCAUUACAUGGAAACAAUGGUGCAUUUCAUUUGUACUUGGAAGUCGGAAAAUUCAAGUGGAACCACUUCCCGAAGUAGGAUAUCUGACUUCAACCUUGACUUUAAAAAAAAAAAUCCAAAAUGGUAGCCCCAUGCAGGAAUAGUGUGGAAUUUGUAGUAAUAUCCUGUUAAUUAGCAGUCUUGUCUUAUUUGUGUCUCAUUAAAUCACUCGUACAACACAGCACUGUCUGACUACUAUUUAUGACCAUGUUGCUAUGCUGUUUAUAUGUGCAAAACACAGUGAAAUGCUUUUUUAUGAACUGGUAUUGCUACCAAUGGCUAACCUGGCUGGAACUGGUUUUCUGACUUCUUGAACUAAAAUGAUUCGAACUCGGGUGUAACUUCAUUCUCAGCCCUGACUUCCAACUUCGGAGGUAAAUGAAUAAAUGAAUGAAUGAAUGAAUGAAUGAAUAAAAACACAGCACUACUCUCCAGAAACUGAAAAUGUGAUCGUUUUUCUAGCAUUCGGAGUGGUUCCCAAAGAAUCCGUGGCUUUGUUAUGAAGGAACAUGUCACCCAGUGCAGUGGUGUCAGGCUUUGGAUACACACACAAUACUUUCAUUCAUUGCCAGUUUGCCUCUGCACGCAAGAAGAAUCUAGAAAAUCACCAGCCUUUAUCCUUCAAGAUGUUUUCAUGUUCUUAUUCCUAAAAAAGCUAAAAACACCCAAAUUCAUUUACGCUGUUUGUGAACAACUUCAACUUACAACACACAGUUAAUUGUAAAUAAAGCAAACAAGCAA